GCAGCUCGGAGGGGUGAAAGUGGUGGAGGCAGACAUUGUUGUGGUUAACAGUUCAGCUCCGGAGGAUGAGCACAGACCAGGCACCGAUGAUCGGAUGACGGGUCGGAUCGGGUUCGUCUGGCCCCGUUUCCAAAAUAAUAAUAGCAAUAAUAACAAUAACACGCCGCGUCGACUGCAGGAGUAAAGCGCUGCACAGCGGAGAUCUGAUUUCAUUCAGCCUCAGCCGAGCGGAACAGCCCGAUGAGACGACGCCACCGACGUGAAAAGAAAAAGGAAACAUCUGCAAGCUGCUGGAAUAAAGCUCGGUGGGUCCACGAAGUUUGUGAAAGAAACAGGAGCGCAGGAGGCAGCUUUCAUGGACAAUGAGCCUCGUGGAGACGAGGGGAAAGACGGACUGAUGCGCUGGAGGAGGCCUCUGGAAAACAGGAUGACAGGCGCACAUUAACGCUGCAUCUUCACGCACGACCUCAGCAGGGCAUUAAACACUAAAGGGCAUAUUGUAAAGAUUUCCACAUGUUUCUGCCUUUCUGUUUCCCCCGGAGCUCGUGACAUCUGGACCGCGGCGGACGAAGAUGGGGAUGUGAGAGCUCUGCUUCAACGGGUUUAUACAUUCUCAGGGACUCGUAGUUUUGGCGUUGGUCUGCUCUAAAAUGGGCAGCGAGGGGGAGAUGAUCAGCAGAGAGCUGUCGAAGGUGUCUGACGAGGAUCUGCUGGCGUGCACCAAGGAGGAGCUGGUGACCCGGCUGCGCAAAGAGGAGUCGGAGAAAAUCGCAGCUCUCAUCCAGCGCGGCCGUCUGAUCAAGGAGGUGAACAAACAGCUGCAGGGGCACCUCCUGGAAAUCAGGGAGCUGAAAGUCAUCAAUCAGCGCCUGCAGGAGGAGAACGUGGAGCUGCGGGACCUGUGCUGCUUCCUGGACGACGACCGGCUCAAAGUGAAGAAGCUGGCCCGGGAGUGGCAGCUGUUCGGGCACCACGCGGCCAAGGUGAUGCGCGAGGACCUGGGCGGCUACCUGAAGAAGCUGGCCGACCUGGAGCGCAUGCAGGACGGGCUGGUGAAGGAGAACCUGGACCUGAAGGAGCUGUGCCUGGUCCUAGAGGAGGAGUGCGUGAGCAGGAGCGACUCCAGCCCCGGCGGGUCCACGGAGCUCAAUCUGCCCUGCAUGGUGGCCCGGGAUCUGGGGGAUGGGAGCUCCAGCACCGGCAGCGUGGGGAGUCCGGACCAGCUGCACCUGGUGUGCUCACCUGAUGACUGACGGCAGGUCUGCAGAAAGGCCUGAAGAAGGACGUGGACUAGUGAUGGAAACUAAACGCAUUAGGGCUUUCUGAAUGCUGCAAAAUAUGUGUGCCACAUUAGGUUUUUGACUAAAACAAAACAUUUCAGGACCUUACACACAUUAAAUCGAUGUUGCCAGAAGAAAGUCUUAAUUUUACAGUGUUUUCUAUGAUGACUCUUUUUCUCCUUUUUCAGUGCUCUGCUGGGGGACCAAUAAGUGGGUCACAUAAAUUUAUCUCAUGCACUGGACUAGCCAACACUGAAGCCUUUUGUACAUUGCACUGGAGAGCAUUGUCUUGGAUCUUAAAAGGUACUCACUGCAAAGUCCUAAAGGCCAGUAAAAAAUAAGAAA